GAUUGAUGGAGUGAUUGAUGGCUGGAUUGAUGGUCAGACCGAGCGACACAGCCGUCCCUGAGGCUCCGCCGCGGCCCCUCACGGGCUUCCCCCGGCCGGCCUGUCCCUCCCGGCCUCCGAAGGAGCAGCAGGGGCGGGACUCUUCCCUCUAGGCUGUGCUUGCGGUCGGUAGCGAGGCAGGGGGCGUUAAUCCAGUGGAAGGCCGGGAAGGGCUUUCCAGGCGGGCGCCUCAGGCUGUGUCAGGCCGGCGAGGCAGCUGCAGCAGGCCCGGCUGGGCCUGGAGCUGGCCCUCUCGUGCAAGACUUUCGACAGGCACAGCUGGAGACUGUAGGAAGCCACAUGCCAAAGUGAGUCAAUCCCCUGAGACACCUGCAAGAGGUAGAACACUGCAUGGCAAAGCAGCACUUGCCACAGGCACACCACUGGGUUCCUCUGGCAAGACUCUUCAGCAGCUUGCGGGGAAGAGUUUUAUCCCAGUCAGACAACUGUGCCUCAAAGUAUCAGGUUUUGCGUAAGGCUAAGACAUCUAUCCAGAAGCUGGAGCAAACCUUGUGUUCUUUGCUGAAGAUGAAAGCGAGCUGCAGUCUGGAGGAUGGGAGCCCAUCCAGCUUGGAGGAAGUCAGGGAGGAAUAUGUCAGGAGGCAAUUCGGCAGUCACAGCACUACAUCAGCCUCAGAAGAUAUGAGUGAAAGUGACUCUGCCAUCUGGUAUUUGCUUCAAGAAUCUGAAAAACAAACACCAGAAGAAUAUGAGAAGCCAGAAUUCAUUCAGUUUUCAGACUCUUUAUCCCCAGAUCUAGUGGAAUUUGAACGAUACCUGUAUUUUUAUAAGCACACAGUGGACCUGCUGAUAGAGCAUGGGAUUGUUUGCACUGGAGAGGUGCCUCUUCCUGAGGUCUCCACAGCUAUUUCCCAUCUCUGGCAAGAGCUUUCUGAAGAGAGCAGGGACAGCAUCUUGCAGUACUGUAGCCAGAGAGAUUUCCUCAUGGAUCCCAAGGCUGCUUGCCCAGAGCCGGCUUGCACUGAAGGUAGUGUGAGGGACAGCGGAGGUAACAGUGAGGAAGCCAGUGGUUCCUCAGUCUCCACACCAGAGGAAGUGAUGUUUGAAGAUGCAUUUGAUGUUGCUGCUGGUUUCCUUGACAGAAGCAAGGCUCAGGGAAUGUCCAGCCAGAGUUCAGCAUUUGCAAGCUGCACUUCUGAAAAUCCAGAGGAUCACCAGAGACUCUAUCUGCAGGUCACUGACUUCCUGAAACACCUCUUCUUCACUAAUACACAGUUUUGCCAGGAAGAAGAUCUUCACUAUGAUCAUGAGACCGUGAUGCUGCGGUGCACUGAGACCUUCGAUGAUGAAGAUUUCUAAACAGUAUCUCCACUACCUCAACUUGGCCAAGCACUUCCAGGCACGCCGGGCCUGUGAGGAGGCUUCACCUCCUUAGUACUUCUUGAUAUAUCAGUUGAGUAAUUUAUACUUUUUAAAGGUUUUAAGGGUCUUAGCUAUUUAUUAAUACCUGUUUUUACCAAUUGCUAUUUAAUGUUUAGCCUUGCUUCACAAAGAAACUGAGGCAUGCACAGUUAAGUGACCUUGCCUUGCACAAGGUGUGGGAAGAGCAGCAGAGAGGCUGGAUCAGUGGUAAUCUGCACACUCCCACAGGAUGCAGGUCUCAAACUGCAGCCUGCAAAGUCACCUGGCAGUGAUUACUUUUCUGGUGCAAUUUUUCAUCUUGGGCUGACAAAGAAAGAGGGAUUUCCUCACAGAGAGUGGGAUGAAGCUCUUCUCUCUCUUUAUGAGGACAGCAGCAGUGAGCACCCACUCCCCAGUCACCCAGAAAAGUGCAGGCACAGUAAUACACUUUGGAUUAUUUACUUUGGUGAAGUGUGUAAAGCCAAGUGAUCAGUCCUGUGCUCUUCUUCCACAUCUAAUUCUUGGAUGAGUAGUGCUGCUCAGAUAGUGUCUUGCAAUUAAAAGUGCUGUGAAAUUGAAUAAAGUCCUUCACAUCUCUGAGUUAUCAUUAAAGGCUCUCUGUGGACUUGAACAAACUGUGUUCUGAUAGUGAUUAUGUUGAAGUCAUGCUAUCAGCCAUCACAAACAGAAAAGAUUGAAGUUUU